AUGUCGGCCGACCCCCAGCGCUCAAUGACCAUUCGGAUAACCAGCAACGGUAAAAUCAAGACCUGGGUCAGCCUCGCUCUGGCCCAUCUAGAGAAAGCAGGAGAUAUUCCAUUGGUUCUGCAUACCUUGCCAGCAAAGGACGCGGAAAAUGUAAAGACGGGGGCGUCACCGAAGAUGCCACCGUCAGUAACGACGGUUCCAAGGCUCUUGACUGUCGUUGAGAUCAUCAAACGCGAGUUUCUUAAACGGUUGGCGGAGAAGCGGUCGGUCAGGUUGAAAGGCCUGCACCAAUACAACGAGAUUGGGAUCCUGGAGGACUUGGAGCGGGAGGAAGAUGAUGCUAUGGCUGUAGAGGGAGAAGAGGUAUCCACAGCAGAGAAAGAGAAGAAACGAGCGGAGAAGAUUGUGCAGAUGCUGUCUGGCACAAAUCAUGUCAAGCUGGUGCAAACACCGUACAUGAGGGUCACAUUGUCCCUGUAUGAGUUACCCGCCUCGUUGGUCAAAGGCGCAACAUACCAGCCGCCCAAGUCGCGCAAGUUGUCCAAAUCCGCGAAAGCAAGGGCAAAAAAGCGAGAGAAGAAACUUCAGGAAGCGAGUGCCCCAUCCGAGAACGCGUAA